AUGGCGUCACCGUCGACAAACUUGGUCGUUAAAAAAGGUACAAAUUCACCUAUCUGGCAGUACUUUGGCUUUAGACCUAAUGAAAGAGGACAGCCACGAGACACGUCUGAAGUGGUGUGCAGGAUUUGCGGUCAAGUUAUCCGCGCAAAAGAUGCGCAGACGACAAAUUUACAUGACCAUUUGCGUGUGCACCAUCCCGCAGAAUACAGUUCAUUGCCAGUGUCAUCAUCACGCACAACUGAACUUCGCAGGAACCAACCAACCCUAUCUGAGGCUUUCGCUAAAGUUACUAAGUACAAGCGUGACAGCGAAAGAUGGAAGCAGUGUACUGAUGCUGUGACCCGCUACCUAGCAAAAGAAAUGGUUUCUUUUAAUACGGUAGAGAAGAGCGCGUUUAAGGCCAUGCUGCAAAUAUUUGACAAGCAGUAUGAGCUGCCAGGUCGGAGAUUCUUCUCGAAGACCGCAGUCCCAAAGUUGUACAACGACAUCAGAGCAAAUAUUUUAGCAGAGCUGGAUGAUGUGGAAUAUUUGGCACUGACAACUGACAUGUGGUCCAGCUGCAACAUGAUGCCUUACAUGUCAGUGACCGCACAUUAUGUCAGCAAAGAGUGGACACUAAAAUCGAAAUGCCUACAAACAAGCUUCAUGCCAGAAAGCCAUACAGCCGACAACCUGGAAGAGGCAUUGCAGGAAAGUGUACACGAAUGGAAAAUAGAAGAAAAUAAAAUUUCCUGCAUAACUACUGAUAAUGGGGCAAACGUUGUUGCUGCCAUCAGACAGUUAAAAUGGCCUUGGUUAAGUUGCUUUGGCCACAAUCUGAACAUUGCUAUAAACAACUCACUCAAGAAGCAGCAAGCCAGCACUGAUCGGGCUUUCGGGGUUUGCCGGGCAGUCAACACUGCUUUUUCCCACAGCUGGUGGAGGAGACGAGAGCUAAGCAAAGCACAAGAGGAGCUAAAACUCCCUCAUCACUCCUUGAUCACGGACUGUGCAACACGAUGGGGCUCCAAACAGCGAAUGGUGGAGAGAAUUCUGGAGCAGGUUCAAGCCAUCAAACGAGUGUUUGCUCAGGAUAAAAGCCGCCGCCCGCUCCCGCAACUUACAUGGCAGGACAUAAGUGUUCUGGAAGCAGUUAAUAGUGGAUUGAAGCCAGUGGCAGAGUUAACAGAUAUUCUUUCUGGAGAAAACUAUGUCACGGUUUCCUCACUUUUGCCGAUGUUGGCACACCUGGAAAGUGUGCUGGAGAGCUCGGAGCAAGAUGCGAAACUUACAGCCGACCUGAAGCGUGUCAUCUUGGAGCAGAUGGAAGGCAAAUAUAGCAAUGAUGCCACCCUGAGUAUGAUGCGCAAAGCUGCCUUGCUUGACCCCAGAUACAGAGGGGAUCACAUGAAACCACCUGAGCUAAGUGCCACAAAAACUGAACUGGUUGCAGAAAUGGCAGCAGCAGCAGCAACACGCGCAAGCCCAUCAUCCGGCCCCGCACGAGAAAGAGAAGAGGCAGAGGAAUCAGGUGCUGGCACCGCGCCUAAGAAGAAAAAGGGACUGGGCAGCCUUCUUGGUAAAAGAGCAGCUACAGCAGUGCUCACCGCUGAUCAAAAGAGUGAAGCUGAGAUGUCACUGUAUCUACAGGAAAUGGUUAUUGACGGAGAAGAAGACCCACUAACUUGGUGGAAAGCUAACCAAGGACGGUUUCCUCUUAUGGCCAACAUCGCUCGUAAAUAUUUGUGCAUAUGUGCUACCAGUGCUCCAUCUGAACGUGUGUUCAGCACAGCGGGUGUGCCAGCCGCCACUGUGGGUGGCACCGGCACACCCUGGCACACCCGUGGUUACGCCACUGGUCUGGAUUAUGUAUGA